AUGUCAAAUACACCUCUAUAUACUUUGGAUGAAAAUUGUAAACAAUCAUUAAAUAUACUUAAUCCUGAAAAUAGAGGUAUUUACAAUGAUGAAACUAGAAUUCAAUCAGCUAAAUUUAUAAAAAAUACCAUUAUUGGUAAUAAAUUAAAAAAGAGAUUAUUCAUUGAAGCUGGUACUAUCCCUUUGUUUGUUGAUAUAUUGAAUAAAGAAAAAAAUGAGGAUUUAUUAAUCCAAGCAUCAUCUGUUAUUGGUAGUUUUGGUUGUAGAAUUGAUGAAGGAUCAGAGAAAAUUUUUGAAUAUAAUGGUGUUACACCAUUAAUUAAUUUAUUAUCAAGUAAUAAUUUAAAAUUAGUGGAAUCAGCAGCAAGAUCAUUAAAAAUUUUAUCACUAUUUCAUCAACCACCAACCUCAAUAUAUGAAGAGUCUGGUGUUAAAUUAUUGAUAUCAUUAUUUAAUCAUCCAUUAGAUUCUGUUAAAGAAGUUGCUGCAACAAUAAUAGCAAGAGGUUGUGAAUCAUUAUAUUCGAAUAAUAAUAAUAAUAAUAAUAAUAAUAAUAAUAAUAAUAAUAAUAAUAAUAAUAAUAAUAAUAAUAAUAAUAAUACUAAUAUUGGUAAUAGUAGUAUUAUAAGUAGUGGUAGUAGUAGUAGUAGUAGUAGCAAUAGUAUAAAUCAUUCAUUAUUACAAUAUCAAAAUUUUGUGCAUAUUCAUGGUGGAUUAAAUUCAGUGAUGUCAAUAUUGGCAUCACCAAGAUCAAAGAUACAAGAGGCAUGUCUAUAUGUUAUUAGUUGGUUAACUCGUGACAAUGUCCCAUUAUCAACUUUUAUUGUUAAUGAUGAACGUAGAAUAUUGGAUAUAAUCAUUUAUUUGUUUAAAAAAAAUAAAAGUCCAAAAAUUAAAUUAUUGGCCACAAAUUGUUUAUGUAAUUUUAAUCAAAGUAAAACAUUACCAAUAACAUGUUCACUUAAAAAUAUAUUACCAAUUAUAAUUCGAUUAAUGUCAGAAGAAGAAUCAGUAAAAGAGGAAGCACCAAUGGUUUUAGCAAGAUUAGUAGCAGAUAAUGAGGAUUUACAAAGAAUAGCAUCAGAGGCAGAGGCGAUUUCAAGAUUGAGUAUAUUUUUAAAGGAUAGUAAUUCAUCGGAAAGAUUGAAGGAGAAUUCGUUGUCAGCGAUAGCGGUGUUAUGUAGCUCGAGGGAGGAUAGUAGAAAACAAGUCGUAGAUGCAAAGAUAAUACCACAAAUUAUAAGUAGUUUAAAUUCAAGCAAUUACGCAAUCAGAGCAGCAGCAUGUAAUUGCACGAAAUCAUUAUCAAGAUCGAUUAAACAAUUGCGUACCUCAUUAUUCGAUUGUACGAUUGCAACACCAUUAUUGAAAUUAUUGGAUGAUCAAUCAUUAGAGGUGCGUGUAUCAGCAUCGGCAACACUUUGUAAUUUAGUAUUGGAUUUCUCGCCUAUGAAACAAGCGAUAAUGGACAAUGGCAUCAUUGUGAAAUUGGUGGAUCUAACUCAAGAUUCAAAUGAUUUCAAAAUUAGAUUAAAUUGUAUUUGGGCUUUAAAGAAUUUACUUUACAUGGCUGAACCAUCGCUAAAAGAACAGGUGAUGAAGGAAUUGGGUUAUCAACGUUUAAUUGAGUUGAUAAAGGAUACCGAUCCUUCGAUCUCUGAGCAGGCCUUGGCGGUUUUACGUAAUUUGGCAUUCAAAGAUAAUGAUCAUCUCAUUAGUGAGCUUCAUUUUCAUGACCAAUUAGUACCAACCAUUGAGAAUAGAUUGGCUUCAAAUAUACCUGAAAUCAUUAAACAAACACUUUUUGUCAUUUGUAAUAUAGCGGGUAAUGAAAAGAUUAGAUCUUCCGUUAUGAACUCUUCAAUAGUAAAUAGACUCAUUCAUUUCAUGGAACAUAAACAUUGUGAAAUUCGUAUCGCUUCAGUUUGGUGUGUUUGCAAUAUCAUUGGUCCUGAUGAAAAUUCAACCUCUGCAAGUAGAGUUUUAAAAUUUAAAGAAUUAGGUUAUCAAAAGAAAUUAGAAAUGUUGGCUGAUCAUGAUUCAAAUAUUGAAGUAAAAGAUAGAGUUAAAACUGCUUUAACUUUAUUUAAAAAAUGUGUGUUUUUAUAA